AUGUCAAUGGACAGACGAACGGAAAUUAUUGAGAAUCUUAACGAUGUACGCGCCAGGGUAGCCGCUGCGCUAGAUGGUGAACGAACGGUUGGUGCGCGACUCGUGGCUGUAAGCAAAUAUAAGCCAGCGGAAGAUCUCAUGUACGCUUACGAUGCAGGCCAACGCCAUUUUGGUGAAAACUAUUUGCCUCGGGAUAUUCAAUGGCAUUUUAUUGGCACUCUCCAGAGCAAUAAAUGUAAAGCCGUGGCAGUAGAAAGAACCGAACCUUUACGUGUGUUUGUCCAAGUCAACACGAGUGCUGAAGAAGUUAAAGGAGGCAUUGCUGCCGCUGACUGCGCCGAAGUGUGCAAACAUAUCAUCGACAACUGUCCGCAGCUGAAAUUAUGUGGAUUGAUGACCAUAGGCAUGUUCGGCCGUGAUCCAACUCAAGAAAACCCUGACUUCCAAUGCUUGGCGGAUUGCAAGGCCCAAGUGCAAAAAGUGUUGCCUGAUCUCGAUUUGGAAUUAAGUAUGGGCAUGUCUGAGGAUUAUGAGAAGGCUUUGAAAGCUGGCUCGACGAACAUACGUGUUGGCAGAACCAUCUUUGGUGAAAGACCAAAGAAGACUACCAAAGCAUAG